GGCGAUCGUCGCCUUUGGUGUCGCCAUGGGGACGCUGGCAGACGACCUAGAGGAAAGCACAGAGUUGGGGCCGGAGUUUACCAGUCUGAUGAGGAGCUUCGAGAGACUUGAAAAGUGUCAAGGAGGGUACACCAUUCACGAUGAGAACUCCGGAAACAGGUCCAACGCGCGUCCGCAGCCGAAGAGGCUGUGGCAAGAACAGAAGUACAGAGCUUUGAGACAAAUUUUCGUAGCUGUCAUGUCGAGUAAGUGAUCAGAAUGUCGAUGAACCAUUGGAUAGAUGUCCAUUUGAAGGAAACCAAUCAUCCUUCCUCUUCAAUAGGGCUAUUGGCUCCGGUGGCCUGGACAGAUAUAUCACUUCCCGCGCUCCAAAGGUCUCGUCAAAGUAUCGAGAUGUUGGCAACCAAAGGAGAUAGUGGGUUGCAUCAACUUAUCCGGGACUUCCCUUUGACGGAGCCUCCUCCGCCUCGCGAAGACAGCAUCAGCUACAUCACAGAAACAUUAGUAUCAUACACUAUGUAUCUGAUGGAGUUGCAGCACGCAGGAUAUUCCAACCGCGAGGCUGAAGCAAGUUACUUGCGGAUACAUCAUGAGUCAUUCGUAGACGAUGCAAAGGUGGAGCCCGCGAAGAAAGAGUCGUUAACGCGUCAAAUUAUGGAAGCGUACAAGGCGUCAGAGAAACUGAGGGACGCGUUGGAGGAGGUUAAACUGUACCCCCAGCGCAUUCAGGCGUUUUCCACAAUGGAGGAAAUCAGAUCAAGUAAUUCUUCGAGGGAAGCCUACCUUAAGACACUCUUGAGCUUAGCUCCGAGUCAAGAUGGCAAUGCCACGAACACAGCAUGUCCGUCGACUUGCGCCUCUUCCACGGCCUCAUCCGCGUCAUGACGACAGCGGGGUAUCUCCCGACGACCCCGCCAAAUCUCGCACGUCAACAGCGAAUCUCACUUUCGCCUCCUUCAAACAUAAUUUUCAGUGAAAA